AUGAGGCUUGCACUCACAGAGGACGGAACUUGUACUCGCAAAGACUGGUUUCAAUCUUUAUGUGAUACUGUGGACGGUGGUAAAGACUUCUAUUUGCUUGGUUCUGAUUUUGAGAGUUAUUUAGAGGCUCGGAUGAGCAUCCUUAGCACAGUUGGGUCGGGGAGAUUUAGCAACGAUAGAACAAUUCGAGACUACGUGGAGAAGACUUGGGGAAUUGAACCAUGCAGAUUCCCUUCUGAUGGCUAUCUCACCCUCACCCUCACCCUCACCCUCAUCCACACCCCACCCAAUGGGUUAAAGUGGUAUUUUAGCCCUAAACCCAAGAAUGAUAUGACAAAAUUGAAGCUUGAGUUUAUAGAGAGGCGAUAUUGCUGUGACUGCGAUCCAUCCUCUGCGAGGUGCAAACUUCGUAGUAUAGCCGCGCGGCUAUAUGCUUUAAAUAUAUUUGAAACAAACAAGAAGCUUGCACCUCGCAGACGAUGGAUCGCAGUCACAGCCAUUUCGCCUCAGGCUCUGUUGAAGAAAGGUCCCAUGCCAACACCAUUCGAUAUCGAUGUUCGUUAUUUGCGUAUGGAAAUAGAGGGCUUGCUUGGUAAGAUUGUCCCAGCAGUGGUUUCGUAUUUGAAAGGACUGCGUAAUUUGAGAACUUUGCACAUAAAGGCUAAUAUUUUCCCCGUCGACUCUGAAACAGAAGUUAAGAAGGUUAACAAAAUGAGGCUCGCUGAGUACAUUGAAGCAAUGAGUGGUGUGAAGGUUAGUUUAGAUGCAAUGUUUGAUGUGCAGACAAAGCGAAUACGCGAGUACAAAAAGGCAGCUGCUUAA